GUGCGCUUAGUGCCCGCUGCUGUGACGGCGUUUAUUCUUGUCUGUAGUGUGUGCACCGUGGGCAAAAAUACUGUUACUGAUACUGAUACAGAUACAGCGGCCGUCGCUUGAGUUUGAGUUUCAUGUCGGUUAAUACUCAGAGCGCGACAUAGACAUAGAGAAGGAGACGACGACGACGACGACGUAGACGACGACGACGACGCAUCGUCAACGCCGUGGCCCGAAACUAAAACCGAACCGAUCCGAUCCGAUCAGAUCCGAUCGAGCUCACUAGGGGGAACAGCACCGCUCCAUCAGAGCCCCCAAAAACAGCAACGGCAACGGCAACGACUACAGUCGCGAGUGAAUUCGCUUUGGUGCGCUCCGGCUGCUGCAACGGCAGCAACAGCAACAGCAACAGCAACAACAACAACAACAACAACAUCGACCACCACUGACAUCUGUUUGGUGUGGAGAAUUUUCGUUUGCAUUGGCCGCUAAUUUAGUAUUUUGUUUAGUUUUGUUUUUUUUUUUUGUUUUGUUUUUACUGUAACUUUGGUUGUGUGUUUGGCGACUACGCUGGCUCUCUUGAUGUGCAUUCGUGUAUCAGAAACUGAAGAGUUAUGUUGGACAAGUGAUAGCGGUCGAAUCGUGUGACAGGAACGUGCGCGGCAACACAACAUAACACAACACAAAUACCAAUACCAACAACAACACCAACAACAGUAAACUACAACAACAACAACAGCAGCAACAAGAAAAACAAAAGCAAUUAACAAUCGCAUGAUUCUAUAGAAGAAAUCCUCAUCGAGUUCCGGAAUUUCAACAAUCAUCUGUAACACCCACCGUUGACGAAGUCCCAGAUCUUAAAAUCAACGCCACAAUCAAAACUGCCGAGACUGCCGCAAAAUGUUUGAUGUGUUCGGCUCCGUGAAGGGGCUGCUGAAGAUCGAUCAGGUCUGCAUUGACAACAAUGUAUUUCGCAUGCACUAUAAGGCGACGGUGAUCAUACUGAUCGCCUUCUCGCUGCUGGUCACCUCGCGUCAAUAUAUUGGUGAUCCGAUCGAUUGCAUUGUCGAUGAGAUACCAUUGGGCGUAAUGGACACCUAUUGCUGGAUUUACUCCACAUUCACUGUGCCGGAACGUCUAACCGGUAUUACUGGACGCGACGUUGUCCAGCCCGGCGUGGGAUCUCAUGUGGAUGGCGAAGACGAGGUCAAAUACCAUAAAUACUAUCAGUGGGUGUGCUUCGUGCUCUUCUUCCAGGCCAUAUUGUUCUAUGUGCCACGAUAUCUGUGGAAAUCAUGGGAGGGCGGUCGCCUCAAGAUGCUCGUUAUGGAUCUCAAUAGCCCCAUUGUCAACGAGGAGUCGAAAAACGAUCGCAAGAAAAUUCUCGUCGAGUAUUUCAUGGGUAAUCUGAACCGCCACAAUUUCUAUGCGUUCCGUUUCUUUGUCUGCGAAGCGCUCAACUUUAUCAAUGUGAUUGGACAAAUCUAUUUUGUGGAUUUCUUUUUGGAUGGCGAGUUCACCACCUACGGUCGGGAUGUGCUCAAGUUCACCGAAAUGGAGCCAGAAGAACGCAUUGAUCCCAUGGCGCGUGUCUUCCCUAAGGUCACCAAAUGCACAUUCCACAAAUACGGUCCAUCGGGCACCGUGCAGAAGUUUGAUGGCCUCUGCGUGCUGCCGCUAAACAUUGUGAACGAGAAGAUUUAUGUGUUCCUGUGGUUCUGGUUCAUCAUUCUCAGCAUAUUAUCAGGUAUCUCCCUGGUCUAUCGUAUCGCUGUCGUCGUGGGACCUAAGCUUCGUCACCUUCUUCUGCGUGCCCGCUCACGUCUUGCCGAGAGCGAUGAGGUGGAAAAUGUGGCAAACAAGUGUAACAUUGGCGACUGGUUCCUGCUGUACCAGCUCGGCAAAAACAUCGACCCGCUGAUCUACAAGGAGGUUAUAGGCGAUCUGUCCCGUGAAAUGGGCGGCGAUGUACAGAGCCAGCACAAGCAACCCUUUGAAGCCUAAAGUGGGGAACCGGGAAGCGAGGCCUUGUACGUAGUGUACUUGGGCGUACUCGAAGCAAAAAGACGAUCUACACACAAUACAUAUCAGCAUAAUUUAUUGUGAGCAUUUUGUUAUUGAAUUGAUAAUUGAUUUGUGCCACGUGAAGAGAAACCCAAUUUUGUCCGAUAUUCUAGAACUGGCUGCAGUCCGAACCUACGACAAUCACUUGAUCCGUGCAUAGUUUGGCAAGGUGUUCAAAUACGAUAAUAGAUACAACACAGCGUGUACGUACGUAUGUAGUUGUAUAUAUGGCGCCCAUGUCAGAGUGUGCAUGUUUCAUUAUUAUUUUAAUUUGAUUUUUUUUUGUUUGUUUUGAAUACACAAUAAUAUCGAUUUACGAUUUUUAAUGAAUAUACUAAACUACUUAUUUUACCACCUUAUACAAGUAUGUACUACAUUCAUAUGCCACAUGCGAUUAAUAUUUAUGCUAAGAGUUGUGAUCAUUGAUUAAGAAUUUUAUGAAUUACGAAUUAAAGACAUGCAAGAAAGCAAAAAACAAAAGAAAAUAUAUACAAUAACAUACAAAUACAAAAUAUAGUAAACGAUUGCUUUUAGUACCAGAGCGCUAAUUGCGAAAUGCCAACGUAUUAUUAAAAAAAAAAGACAACAAAACAAAAAGACAAAACAACAAAAAAGGAUUAUGAAAUAUUUAAUUUUAAUAAAUGAAAAAAAUAUUACUUUUAUUUAGCAAUUUUCGCCGCAAUUUUUUUGUCGUAUUUUCUGUAGCAUUUAUUUAGAUUGUAGCCAUUUAAGUAUAGCGCAAUUUUUUUUUGUUCAAAUCAAAUCAUAAAUACUAUUUAUAAAUUGUAUACAAUUAACGAAACUAUAUACAUACAUGCAUAAAUACAUACAUUCCAUACAUAUAUAUUUUUAUAGAAAUUUAUGCAAUUAUAAAACUUUUAAAAUAUUUUUGUAAAAUGUAAAAUAUUUUCUAAAGCAAUGCAUAUUUUAGCUGUAAAAAUGAAAGACUCAAAAGCAAUAUUUAAAAUGAAAGACAAAAACUAAAAGGAGCAUAAAAUAAAUGUGCAUAUGCAGCAAUUUUUCGCUGCUACUACAUUGCAAUUUCAUAUAAAAAUAUACAACAACAAAAAUAUAUACACAUAUAUAUAUAUAUAUAUUUUUAAAUACGAGCCAUUAUAUUUA